CCAGUCGCAGACUGAAAUCACGUUCAAGGCCAGUCUAUAUCUAGGCGAUUCCAUCACCAGAGAUCGCCGCAGAAUAAGAAGUCAUUAGAAUGCGAAGGAAAUUUUUGUUUUGGCUUGACAAAAACUAACGCAGUACAAAUAGAAAACAAACCAAUAGUCGAAUGAUGUGAGCAAAACAGAAAUGGCCAUAAAUCGGAUAAGAGUCCAUAAGUGCGACAUCAUAAAUAAGUCAUGAGUGCGAAUUUUGUACGUCUCGCAGAGGACUAUAUAAGAGUGCUGGCAGGUGGGGAAGAGCAUCAAAUCACAAACUGCAUUCGCUACACAAGCACCUCAAGUCCUCAAGGAAAAUCAAAGCAAACAACAUGUUCAAGCUGCUGGUUGUCGUUUUCGCCGCCCUCUUCGCCGCUGCUCUGGCCGUUCCCGCUCCAGUUGCCCGUGCCAAUCCCGCCCCCAUCCCGAUUGCCAGCCCCGAGCCCGCCCCCCAGUACUACUAUGGAGCCAGCCCGUACGCCUACUCCGGAGGAUACUACGCUUCGCCCUACUCCUACUACGGCUAAGUGCCCCGGACAAUGCAUUGCAAUGCAAACCGACAAACGACUCGUGAUUAUGCAUCUGAAUACGGAUUACGGAUAUGCGCGUGCUGGCAAAUCAAAUUAGUCAUAAGUGCUUGAAAAACUCAAAAAAAAAAUUACAAAAGUUGAACAAAUAAAACGUUG